AUGACUUCUGUAAAUUUGGAUAUGGAGUUGCAGGAAGUAGAGUUGAAUAAUGCUGAGAAAGGACAAAUGGGAUCAAAAAGUGGAGGCGUUUUCUUGACUUGGAAUGACUUAUGGGUUACUGUUAGCACUAAAAAAGGUAGAAGCAAAUCCAUACUUAAAGGUCUCACUGGCUAUGCUCGACCUAGUGAGCUCUUGGCCGUUAUGGGUCCUUCUGGCUGUGGCAAAUCUACACUUCUCGAUUCCUUAGCUGGGCGACUGGAUUUCAGCACGAGGCAGAGCGGAGAAAUUCUGAUCAAUGGUCACAAACAGAAACUUUCGUAUGGAACAUCUGCAUAUGUGACUCAAGAUGAAACUCUGUUAGCAACACUAACAGUUCAAGAAGCAGUUUACUACUCUGCACAACUCCAACUCCCAGUUUCCAUGACAAAAUCAGAGAAAAAACAAAUAGCAGAGCAGACUAUUAAGGAGAUGGGGUUGCAAGAUGCAAUGAACACAAGAAUUGGAGGAUUUGGUAAUAAAGGAAUUAGUGGAGGAGAAAAGAGAAGACUUAGUGUUUGCAUGGAGAUUCUAACGCGGCCAAAACUUCUUUUCCUUGAUGAACCAACCAGCGGCCUCGACAGUGCUGCAUCUUAUUACGUGAUGAGCGGAAUUUCACGUCAAAGAGAGGGAAGAACCAUUAUUGCAUCUAUUCAUCAACCAAGUGCUGAAGUUUUCAACCUUUUCCACAGUUUAUGCCUUUUGUCUUCAGGAAGAACCGUAUAUUUUGGACCUGCUAGUGCAGCAAUUGAGUUUUUCACGAGGAACGGUUUCCCUUGCCCAUAUCUUCAGAAUCCAUCAGAUCACUUUCUUAAAACAAUAAACAAGGACUUUGAUGAGGAUAUUGAACAAGGCUCAGCUGGAGGAAGACGACCAACAGAAGAAGUUAUAGACCUUCUCAUAAAUUCAUAUAAAUCAUCAGAGGGAUAUCAUGAAGUUCAGAGCCAUGUUGCAGAAAUAUGUCAUCAGGGUGGUGAAAUGUUGAAAAAAAGAAGCCAUGCUAACUUCAAGACGCAAUGCCUUGUUCUUACAAGGAGGUCAACUGUGAACAUGUUUCGUGAUCCUGGCUACUAUUGGAUGAGAUUCGUUGUUUAUGUCGCCAUUGCUUUAAGUCUUGGCUCCAUCUACUAUAAUGUUGGCUCAAACUAUCGGUCAAUUGAGGAAAGAGGUCUAAUGGUUGCUUUCGUAGUUUCAUUUAUGACAUUUAUGACGGUCGGUGGAUUCCCUUCAUUUGUGGAGGAAAUGAAGGUAUUUCAACGAGAAAAUGUGAACGGGCACUAUGGAUGUUUUGCUUUUGUCAUAGGCAACACACUUUCUUCUAUACCGUACGUGCUACUAAUAUCAUUGGUUCCAGGUGCCAUUGCCUAUUUCCUUGCUGGAUUUCAAAAUGGAUUUGAGCACUUCAUCUACUUUGCUUUGGUCCUCUUCAUCAGUAUGAUGAUAGUGGAGAGCCUAAUGAUGAACGUUGCAGCUAUUGUACCGAACUUCCUAAUUGGCAUUGUAACGGGGGCAGGAAUACAAGGACUACAAAUACUAAGUGGUGGUUAUUUUCAAUUACCGAGUGAGUUGCCUAAAAUACUUUGGAAAUACCCACUAUACUACAUGUCCUUCCACAAGUAUGCUUACCAAGGUAUGUUCAAGAAUGAAUUUGAAGGACUAAAGUUUAGAGAUGAUAUGUUUGGAAACAAUCAUAUAAUGAGUGGAGAAGUCAUCUUGAGAGAAAGAUGGCAAGCAGAAAUGGGACACUCAAAGUGGGUAGACAUGGUCAUUCUGGUCGGUAUACUAAUUUUGUAUCGUCUGGUGUUCUUCCUUAUAAUCAAGACAAAAGAAAAAUUUGUGCAUGCCAGAAAGACAUCCACAUCAAUUCUAUCAAACCGAAGUACACAAAUCAUGGCUAAGUCCCUACCUGCCUCACCUCUCCAUGGACUCACUCCACCACAUGACACUCCCACCAACAAUAGAUGAACUAAUAGUUAGUUCUUCUGUUUUCUACAAGAUUUGACACUAUAUUUGGCUUCUUAUUUCUAAAAUGUAUCAUUUUGUACUGUAUUGUAUUUUACCAACUGUUUUGUGGAUGUAAUGUUUGAAUAGACUAUAGCGUUUGAUGAUGUAACACUCUUUCCUUUUUGGUCUAUAAAAGAAAUAGCACUUUACCUUUAA